GCACUUGUGUUUGGCAAUGUAAUUCUGAGCAGAACCAUAAUUUCCAGUUCAUGGAUACAGAACAAAAAUAUUGGUCAGUGAGGAAAGAUUUUUUUUUCUUUAAUGACUUUGUGCUCAGUAAGAGAUUGAUAUAAUAAACACAUUGCAAGAGUUCCUAAAGACAAUCAAAAGAUCCUCUGCAGAUCGAGGAGAAAACAAUUAUGUAGCAAUAUUCUAUUACUUGUCCUUUCAAAUAUAUCUCAUCAUAAUCAAUGGAAUUUACUCCCAGGAGCAUAAAUUAGAGCAGUCACAGAAAAAAAGAUAUUCCGAUGCUAUCAUCUUGAGAUGUGUGGAUCCAAGCUGUCGUGAAGAAUCAGCAACAUGCGCGUGAGGAAAAGCCACCCAACCUUGCAUACUGCAGCCAGACAUAAGCCGGGCCAUCGGAGGAGAGCCCAGGUUCUAGAACCCAGUCAUGUCAGGGUCCUCAUUAUGGGAGGGUUCUGGAACCCCCUCGACCAAUGACACCCUUUUUCCAAGAGGAGGGUGAAGUGGACGGCCUGGCAGCACUGCGCUGCCUCCCACCCCACAAGCGCACACGCCCCUUGGGAACGAAAUGGAUGACACCUCUGCUUCGGCGGGGUACUCCCACCGCCACAUGGAGAGGAAGAUGAGCGCCAUGGCUUGUACCGUCUUCAACGAGCUGCGCCUGGAAGGGAAGCUCUGCGACGUGAUCAUCAAAGUCAACGGGUGCGAGUUCAACGCCCACAAGAACAUCCUCUGUAGCUGCAGCUCCUAUUUCAGAGCUCUGUUCACCAGUAGCUGGAACAACUCAGAGAAGAGAGUGUAUAAUAUCCCCGGCAUUACUCCAGACAUGAUGAAGCUCAUUAUCGAAUAUGCCUACACAAGGACAGUCCCCAUCACUGUGGACAAUGUGGAGAGGCUUCUGGUGGCGGCCGACCAGUUUAACGUGAUGGGCAUCGUCAGGGCUUGCUCCGACUUCAUGAAAUGCCAGCUGUGCCUGGAGAACUGCAUUGGCAUCUGCAAAUUCACAGAGUACUAUUAUUGCCCGGAGCUGCGGCAAGCAGCCUACAUGUUCAUCCUCCACAACUUCGAGGAGAUGGUGAAAGCGUCGACCGAAUUCCUGGAGCUCUCGGUCAAUGAGUUUAAAGACAUCAUUGAGAAGGACGAACUCAACGUGAAGCAGGAAGACGCUGUCUUUGAGGCCAUCCUCAAAUGGAUUGGCCACGAUCCUCCCAACAGAAAGCAGCACAUGGCACUCCUGCUCCCAAAGGUCCGCCUGGCCUUGAUGCAUGCCGAAUAUUUUAUGAACAAUGUCAAAAUGCACGACUACGUGAAAGACAGUGAGGAGUGCAAACCCAUUGUUAUCGAUGCCCUAAAGGCCAUGUAUGACCUGAACAUGAAUGGCCCGUCCAGCUCCGACUUCACCAACCCAUUGACCCGGCCCCGCCUGCCCUACGCCAUCUUGUUUGCUAUCGGUGGCUGGAGUGGCGGGAGCCCAACCAACGCCAUUGAGACAUACGACGCCCGUGCCGACCGCUGGGUGAAUGUCACCUGCCAGCAGGAGAGCCCCCGGGCUUACCAUGGUGCCGCCUACCUGAAGGGCUACGUCUACAUCAUCGGGGGCUUUGACAGUGUGGACUACUUCAACAGUGUAAAGCGAUUUGAGCCCGUCAAGAAGACGUGGCACCAGGUUGCGCCAAUGCACUCGAGGCGUUGCUACGUGAGCGUCACCGUCCUGGAAAACUUCAUCUAUGCCAUGGGUGGCUUUGAUGGCUAUGUGCGCCUCAACACGGCGGAGAGGUACGAACCCGAGACCAACCAGUGGACCCUGAUAGCCCCUAUGCAUGAGCAGAGGAGUGACGCAAGCGCCACCACGCUGUACGGGAAGGUCUAUAUCUGUGGUGGAUUCAAUGGGAACGAGUGCCUGUUUACGGCGGAAGUGUACGAUGCUAAGGUUGAUCAGUGGAGCUUGAUCGCACCCAUGAGGAGCAGGCGGAGCGGCAUUGGCGUGAUCGCAUAUGGAGAACACGUCUAUGCAGUGGGUGGAUUCGAUGGGGCCAACCGCCUCCGGAGUGCAGAAGCCUACAACCCGGUAGCUAACACCUGGCGGACGAUCCCCACCAUGUUCAACCCUCGGAGCAACUUUGGCAUCGAAGUGGUGGACGACCUCCUCUUCGUGGUGGGCGGCUUCAACGGCUUCACGACCACGUUCAACGUUGAGUGCUACGAUGAGAAGACAGACGAGUGGUACGACGCCCACGACAUGAGCAUCUACCGCAGCGCCCUGAGCUGUUGCGUGGUGCCGGGGCUCCCCAAUGUCGGGGAGUACGCGGCCAGGCGGGACAAUUUUGUGGGGUCGACCCCAAGAGAUGAGGUCAAGUACUCCUCAUCCACCAGCACACUCCCUGUGUGAAAGACUCUCCUUGACUAAUAAAGCCCUCUAAGCAAGAACUCUAUGCACAGCUGGGUUCAUCUUGUCUUUCCCCCCAAACAGUAUCCUAAAAAGUAUCAUAGAUGAACUAAGAGUGUCUUAACCACCCAAUUUGUUUAUUCUGUAGACAGCCGAGGAGCUGGAAAGAUGCAGAGGAUACUGGCAGGAUUGAGAGAAGAGGUACUGUGGGCAAAUAAUAGGGUUUUGCCAUGUCUGCACCUGUUGCUUUGGCAUUGAAGGAGUCAGGGAGGAUUCUUGAGGGAUUCCGAUAUAAAGAACUUCAGAAUGCCAUGGCUACUUACUGUGCAAGAGGGGAAAUGUUUAUAAAUCAUCCUUGUUUUGUUCCUCCUAAGAAUUAUGCUUACCUUUCCAGUCUGCCUGUUGAAGAGCCCUUUGCAAGCAGAAAGCUCGUAUAUUCCUGCACCGACAGAAGUUGAUCCAAUAAAACGCAUUCGCACAGAC